AUGUCUGCUCCACAAGCUAAGAUUUUGUCCCAGGCUCCAACUGAGUUGGAAUUGCAAGUUGCCCAAGCUUUCUCCGAAUUGGAGAACUCUUCUCCAGAGUUGAAGGCUGAAUUGAGACCAUUGCAAUUCAAGUCUAUCAGAGAGAUUGAUGUUGCCAGCGGUAAGAAGGCUUUGGCCAUCUUUGUCCCAGUUCCAUCUUUGGCAGCUUACCACAAGGUUCAAACCAAAUUGACCCGUGAAUUGGAAAAGAAGUUCCCAGACCGUCACGUUGUCUUCUUGGCUGAAAGAAGAAUCUUGCCAAAGCCAUCCAGAAGAUCUAGACAAACUCAAAAGAGACCAAGAUCUAGAACAUUGACUGCUGUUCACGACAAGGUCUUGGAAGAUUUGGUUUUCCCAACCGAGAUUGUUGGUAAGAGAGUUAGAUACUUGGUUGGUGGUAACAAGGUUCAAAAGGUCUUGUUGGACUCCAAGGAUGUUCAACAAGUCGACUACAAGUUGGAAUCCUUCCAAGCUGUCUACAACAAGUUGACUGGUAAGCAAAUCGUCUUCGAAAUCCCAGGUGAAACUCACUAA